ACAAUGGUAACUUUAUUUUAGGAGGAUAAACAUGAUUUUUUCUCAGAAAUUAUUAGAGUUGAGAACUUUUAAAAAUUGCUAAUUUGGGUAACAUUGAAGUUUUUAAUUACAAACAUGAACAUUAAAAAAAAUAAAUUAGUAAGUUUUCGUUAUUUAUACUUUUUUUUUUGAAAGCAACUGUACCCGAAAUUUUAGAAUAAAUCAAAAUAAAUCAUUUUUUAAUGUUUUUUACGCAUUAAGUCCAUCACAGAAGCGUGCGAAUUUAUAACUGUAGGUUUUGCAUUUCUGAAAGCAAUGGUUUUGAACGUAUAUGAAGAAACUAUUGUAUCAGUCUCUUCUAGGUUUAAAUUAAUACUACAAUUCAGCUAUUUUUAUAUAAUCUCCUGCAUUUCUAACACUUAUUAACUUUUCUGAUGACAGCGGUCUUUAUGGAGGUCUUCAGUCCACCAUACCAAUAUAGAACUCAAGAAAUUUUAGAAAUAAAUCUUUUCUUUCUGGUGGCGAUUCGAACCGAGAAUUCUUUAUGCCCGUUCUCAGUAAUUUGUUUAGAAAUGAACAACCGCAGGUGGCGGGAUGAGCCCUUUGCGACUCAUUUUGGAAAAAUCAUUGCCAAACAUUAAUGUCAAUAAAAUAAUGACAAAGCUACUCGUUAUAAAAAUAGGGUAUUAUCUUAAUUAUUUGAUUAUUUUAGGAAUUCUAAUCAUUCCCAAAACAUUUUGCAUUUGGCCUCCACCUUACAAAAUAACUCUUUCUUAUGAAGAAACUUUUGUAAUAUUUGAUCCCAUAGACAAAGCUGAACUCCAAGAUGUUUACGAGGAAGAAAUGAUUAAUAGAGAAGAUAUGAGAAACUUAAAAGUAGAAUCUCACGAUGACAAAUAUUACAGGAUUCAUCGCAGUUUAAACAAUAAAAAUAUGAAAGAAGAAAAUGAAGAACCAGUCAAGAAAAAAAAAGUAUUUGAAGAAUUCAAUCCAGAUAAAGAAUAUCCUGCUCCUUUUAAAGCGGGCUUAGUUGAUGAUGAAAAAGAAUUUAUAAACGAUGAUGUUAUAUAUUUUGACAGUGGAGACGAUGAUGAAUUUCGAAAAAGGAAGAGAGCUGAAAAAUUAAACUCCACCAAUGAAAAUUAUGAUUAUAACAAUUUAAAAAAUCAAUAUGAUCAUGAGCUCCAACAAUCUGAAAUUUCAAAUGACACGGUAAAUUAUACAAAUGUAAAAGAAGAUGAGUCAAUAAAAGAUAGCAUUAAGACCCUGUUAAAAAUAAAUAUGGAACCGAAAAACUGCACAGAAGAAGAAACAAAAGGAAUAGGUUUGGGCGCUGUCGAAUGCUUAUGGAUAGAUCUGAAUAAACCCAAAUUAAAAAAUGGUGUUAUUGAAAAAAUAAUCAGAAUAAUAAUAAUAUGGUUUGCCGUCUACUUAGUCAUUGCCAUUCCACUUUGGUGUCAAUAUGGUUGGUGUUGUUGCUGUUUUAGAUGUAAGUUUUGCCGACCUCUUGAACAAAUUGAGGAAGCAAAACAAUUUUGGGCACAAAAUCCUGCCGGAACUUACCACGAUAAGGAUGGAAAUGUUAUUAAAUAUGAACCAACUAUGUAUGAAAAAUAUGCCCAAAAAGCACUGGAAGAUCAAUUAAGAAAAUUAUAAUAUUUUAUAUCACUAUAUUUAAGUAAUUUAUAGAUUUAUUGGAAAAUGUUUACAAAAUUACUCUAACAAUGUCUUUUAACAAGUAAUAAUAAAAGGUUGGUUCGUGGAGUCGAUCUCUGAUUUACUCUGACAAAUUGGCAUGCGCACAAGGUAUGUAAGCAUUUAAGGUGCGAAAAAUCCGGGAUUCUGGAAAAAAAUCAAUGUUGUAAAAAUAUAAGACACAUACACAAAUCGGUAAGUAUUUUACCCAGAACUUCCUUCGAUAUAAAAAUUGUAAAAAGAGGGAACUCAUAAGCACUUAAAUUUUAAUACUUUAAAAUUAACACUUCCAAACCAAAAACCAAUUUUUCUCAUUUCUUUCUCCAUCGAUCUUCCUCUUGAUCUCACACAAACUCUCACUUCGCGUCCGCUCGGUAUUCUUCGUCACGUUCCCCGUUAUUGGACAAUAAUGAUUGCCUGCUUUUAAAACGGUCCAGUUAUACAAACCAAAAGGUCACUUUUUAUUAUUUCCAUUUAAGGGGGGACCUUUUUUGAUUAAAUACGAUUCCUUUCAACGCCAUUUUGAAUUCUUAAAAACUUAUUUAGGAUAUGUUAUCUUUGCCUUCUAAACUACUCAGAUACCAAUUUUAGUCGACCAACUUUUAAAAAUAAAUGCCUAAUUAAAUACAAUAAUUGUUACUGCAUAAUUAAGAUGAAAAAUUCUGAUGUGUUGUUAUAGCCCAUUGUCAGAUAUUCUUUAGUGUAUGAUGGGUGAUAAUUUUACCGUAAAUUUUGGUAUGUACAGUGAGAUCAAAAUGAUACAGGUCUAGGUAAUAGAAAUUUACCCUGGAAUUUAAUUUAACAGGAAAUUGAAAAUAUUGCUAUGUUAAUAUUUUAAAACUUUUUAAACAAAAAUUAUUGUCACUGGGCAUCCAAGGAUGUACUACUUCAAAAAAUAAACUUUGUAUAAUUAGCUCAACUCAUUACCUUUAUAACUUGAAAUGCUCUUUC